UUCCGUGUUUUGAGGCACCGGCGGCUCUUUGCUGGAGUCUUUGCCGUGUCUGGCUGGUUGUGUGGCUUCUGCGUUCCGGGCUGGCCAUGGGGGAGGCGGAGAAGUUCCACUACAUCUACAGCUGUGACCUGGACAUCAACGUGCAGCUGAAGAUAGGAAGCUUGGAAGGGAAGAGAGAAGAAAAGAGCUACAAAGCUGUCCUGGAAGACCCAAUGCUAAAGUUCUCCGGGCUGUACCAAGAGACGUGCUCCGACCUCUAUGUGACUUGUCAAGUUUUUGCUGAAGGGAAGCCUCUGGCCUUACCCGUCAGAACAUCCUACAAGGCAUUUAGUACAAGAUGGAAUUGGAAUGAAUGGCUAAAACUCCCUGUGAAAUACCCUGACCUGCCCAGGAAUGCCCAAGUAGCCUUGACUAUAUGGGAUGUGUAUGGACCAGGAAAGGCUGUGCCAGUAGGAGGAACAACUGUGUCGCUCUUUGGAAAAUAUGGCAUGUUUCGCCAAGGAAUGCAUGACUUGAAAGUCUGGCCUAACGUGGAGGCAGAUGGCUCUGAACCCACAAGAACUCCUGGCAGAACAAGCAGCACACUCUCAGAAGAUCAGAUGAGCCGCCUUGCCAAGCUUACUAAGGCUCAUCGGCAAGGACACAUGGUCAAAGUGGAUUGGUUGGACAGAUUAACAUUUAGAGAGAUAGAAAUGAUAAAUGAGAGUGAGAAACGAAGCUCUAAUUUCAUGUACUUGAUGGUUGAGUUUCGCUGUGUCAAGUGUGACGAUAAGGAGUAUGGUAUUGUUUACUAUGAAAAGGAUGGUGAUGAAUCAUCUCCAAUUUUAACAAGUUUUGAGUUAGUGAAAGUUCCUGAUCCUCAAAUGUCUAUGGAGAAUUUAGUGGAGAGCAAACACCACAAGCUUGCUCGGAGUUUAAGAAGUGGACCAUCUGACCACGAUCUCAAACCCAAUGCUGCCACAAGAGAUCAGCUAAAUAUUAUCGUGAGUUAUCCUCCAACCAAGCAGCUCACGUAUGAAGAACAAGAUCUUGUUUGGAAAUUUAGAUAUUAUCUUACUAAUCAAGAAAAAGCUUUGACAAAGUUCUUGAAAUGUGUUAAUUGGGACCUACCCCAGGAGGCCAAGCAGGCACUGGAACUUCUGGGAAAGUGGAAGCCUAUGGAUGUAGAGGAUUCCUUGGAGCUGCUCUCCUCACAUUACACCAACCCAACAGUGAGGCGGUAUGCUGUGGCCCGCUUGCGGCAGGCCGAUGAUGAGGACUUGCUGAUGUACUUACUGCAGCUGGUCCAGGCUCUGAAAUAUGAGAACUUCGAUGACAUAAAGAACGGUUUGGAACCUACCAAGAAGGACAGUCAAGGUUCGGGAUCAGAAAAUCUGUCCAAUUCUGGAAUCAGUUCUGCAGAAAUAGAUAGCUCCCAAAUUCUAACCAACCCUCUUCCUCCGGUGUCGUCCCCUCCUCCUGCAUCUAAAGCAAAAGAGGUUUCAGAUGGGGAAAAUCUAGAGCAAGAUCUAUGUACCUUCUUGAUAUCAAGAGCCUGUAAGAACUCAACACUGGCUAAUUAUUUAUACUGGUAUGUGAUCGUGGAGUGUGAAGAUCAGGACACGCAGCAGAGAGAUCCAAAGACUCAUGAGAUGUACCUGAAUGUCAUGAGGAGAUUCAGCCAAGCCUUGCUGAAGGGUGACAAGUCCGUCAGAGUCAUGCGCUCCCUGCUGGCAGCUCAGCAGACCUUUGUAGACCGCCUGGUGCAUCUGAUGAAGGCAGUCCAGAGGGAAAGUGGAAACCGCAAGAAAAAGAAUGAGAGGCUUCAAGCAUUGCUUGGAGAUAAUGAAAAAAUGAAUUUGUCAGAUGUGGAGCUGAUCCCAUUGCCGUUAGAGCCACAGGUGAAAAUAAGAGGAAUCAUACCAGAGACAGCCACACUGUUUAAGAGUGCUCUUAUGCCUGCGCAGCUGUUCUUUAAGACAGAGGACGGAGGCAAAUACCCAGUUAUUUUCAAGCAUGGCGAUGACCUGCGUCAAGAUCAGCUGAUUCUUCAGAUCAUCUCCCUUAUGGACAAGCUGCUCCGGAAAGAAAAUCUGGAUCUGAAAUUGACACCUUACAAGGUAUUAGCCACUAGUACAAAACACGGCUUCAUGCAGUUCAUCCAGUCAGUUCCUGUUGCCGAAGUUCUUGACACGGAGGGAAGCAUACAGAACUUUUUCAGGAAAUACGCCCCAAGCGAGACUGGACCCAAUGGUAUCAGCGCAGAGGUCAUGGACACUUACGUCAAAAGCUGUGCUGGCUACUGUGUGAUUACGUACAUUCUUGGAGUUGGAGACCGGCACCUGGAUAACCUUCUGUUGACAAAAACAGGCAAACUCUUCCACAUAGAUUUUGGGUAUAUCUUGGGCCGAGAUCCAAAGCCUCUUCCUCCUCCCAUGAAGCUGAAUAAAGAGAUGGUGGAAGGAAUGGGUGGCACGCAGAGUGAGCAGUACCAGGAGUUCCGCAAGCAGUGUUACACGGCCUUCCUCCACCUGCGAAGGUAUUCAAAUCUGAUUUUGAACUUGUUCUCCUUGAUGGUUGAUGCAAACAUUCCAGAUAUUGCUCUUGAACCAGAUAAAACUGUAAAAAAGGUGCAGGAUAAGUUCCGUUUGGACCUGUCGGAUGAGGAAGCUGUGCACUACAUGCAGAGUCUGAUUGACGAAAGUGUCCAUGCACUGUUUGCUGCAGUGGUGGAGCAGAUCCAUAAGUUUGCCCAGUACUGGAGAAAAUGAAGGUGGAUUUGGCCCAUCACGAUGCCUGGCUCAGUAAGAAAACACAUGAGAAGCCACUGCUGUGUAUGCUAAAGACAUCGGAGAAGUGAACAAGGAGGAGACGUGUCCGGAAGUUACAUUGUCUUCUUGGACGCCACUGUUAAAUCUUGGAUAGAGGGUUCGUUUAAAGCUACUGCGUAUCAAGCAGGGGUAGUAGCUCACAUCUGUAACCCAGAACUCUGGAGGCGGAGGCAGGACAGUUUGCACAGACUUGAAGCCAGCCUCAGCUACAUGAUGACUUCCGGGCUGCCGAAAAUCACUGUGUAUAUUUGUCUUAUAAUGUAUAAAGAUAAGAAGAGAAUUGUGUAUAUGUUUUUAAAAUUACAGGGAAGUUCUAUUAUGAAGCAGUAAAGCAUUUAGCUUCUGAAUCUGAAAUGCCAUUUCCCUUUUCCAUAUGCAUAUGGACUUGUUUUUCAGCUUUGAAGCUGGUUUUUCUCCUCUCUUCUCUCUUUUCCUCAUUCUCUUCCUCCCUGUCCCCAGUUUUGUUCAUUGGUUUAUGUAUAAUUUACAUAAUGUUUUGCUUUUACAUUUUCUCCAAGUUUUAUACAUUACAGCACAUUCUUUUUACAGUUGAAUAAUUGUUUUUUUUUUUUUUUUAGAAAGCUUUUUGUGGACAGGGGGUAGUGAGAAAGCAGGACUCCACAGUACUCAGCAUUGGCCCAGCCCUGGCCCUGGCCCUGUGUCCUGUGCUCUGUGCUCUGUGUCCUGUCUGCCCCUUCCACAGGCAGCAUUGAGAAGGUGAUAGAGUGGGAUAUGAGAACGCAACAGGAACAGUUGUGAAUCAGUUGCUUCUGCCUAUAGACAGAUGGAGAGAGGUACAUGGUCAAGGGAGUAGGGUAAGGGCUGGGAGAGGGGUGAGGGAAAAACAGCACUUCAAGAAAGGCGUAUUCUCUUAGAACUAUAAAUAUUGAGGUUUUGUUUUAUAAACUACAGUUCACAGCUCUCCUGAGUUGUACAUAUGUAAAGUGAAGGUGAAAAUAUGGGUGAUUGUAGAUACUAUUACUCAAUGGGGAAGUUGUAUCACAAUCAUGUGACACAAUAUACAUCUUCUUCGGGAAUAAAUUCUGAAAGGUUUUCACAUGUAUUUGAGUACAUGUAGAGAUGGGAGCGCAUGCCCUAGCACUUGCGUGAUGGUUAGAGGGCAGCCUUUAGGAGGUGGCUUUCUUCUUCUACCUGUGUGUUCCGGGGAUCAAACUCCGGUGGCCAGGCUUGGUGGCAAACACUUUUCUUUAUUCAAUGAACCAUCUCUCUAGCCCAAUAAAUUAUUUUUCUAUGCA